AUGAGUAGUAGUCAAGAAAAUAGAAUAUUAAAUCAAGAUGAAAUUGAAAGUUUAUUUCAAAAGAUUCAAUCAAAUAGAUUAGAAUGUGAUUUGUUAAUAUCGUUAUUCAAUGUUUCAGCGACAUCCUCAAGGAAAUAUCAUGUAUGUGAGCCUUUUCCAGGAUUUCUAAAGAAUAAGAGUGCAAAGAAUUUCGAACAGAUCGAUAGUUUCUUUAAUGAGUUACCAUCUCUUUCUCAAUUAGAUACAAUAGAUAUCACUCAUAUGUUUACAAGAAAUACUAACGGGAGAUCAUUCUUAUAG